GGCGUGUGAGGAAUCAUAGAUGUAGGAAAGAAAAGCCAAUCUCCCUAAAAGCGCUGUAACGCACUUCAAUACCAGACUUUGGGCGUGUUAAAUGCUUGAUAACUUUUUUGCAUCCCGUGUCUGUCCUGAACUCGCCAUCUCGGCGUGUCUCAGGUCCUGGCUGGGGCCGUUCCUCUCCGUGAGCCCCCGAGCAGACCGCUCCGGUGUACCCCAGGUGUGACUGCUUUUCCAUUCGCUCAUUCCUCUGCUCCCGCCCUGCAGAUACUGAAAUUAUGAAGGUUUGGUGAAAAAAGCAUCUGGAGAAGAGGGUGAUGCUCAUGGCAGGCUAACACAACACCUGAGCAGCUGUUUAGUGCUCACAUGGGGAGUUAUUUAGGUAAAAAAUAUACAUAAAAAAUAAUAAUGGGUGAACUGGACCAUGGAACACUGUUUUCAGAUCACAGGAUUAGUGGUGGAGACAAUUUGGUGGUUCCUGCAAGAAAUGCUCUUUGCAGCCAGAAGUACAAACCUGUUGACUACGAGCAUCUGUAUGAACUUGCUGCAGAGGCAAAAAUGGCCUCUGCACAAAUUCAGUUAAAGAUUAAAAAAGCAGAGCAAGUUUCAAAAAUUAGCAAAGAGCAAAUGCUGCUGAAACAGCAUCAUCAGGUGUGGUGGCAAGAGUAUAAAAGACUGAGUGAGAGCAGGCAAAAAGCAGAAGAAGAAAUGAAAAAUUUUCUUGAUGAAGAAAGCCAUAAGAACAGCUCUUUUUGUGAUUUGAGGAACUUGGCGCAGAAAUUGUCCAGGGAGAGGGACAUUUAUCAAACAAGUGCUUUAGCUCCUGUCUGGCAGCUAAAGGAGGAUUUGAAGCUCACACUGACUAAAAUGCAGCGUUACCUCUCAAAAGAAUCUUGUCAGAAACCCAAGAUCAAUUCAGCUGAGGUCUUACAGCAGAUCAAAUUUAUGAAGAAGCAACAGAAGGCAAUUUUGGAAGGUCUCAUCCUUGAAAGUCUGGCUUUGGAAAGAGAGCUGGAAAAGUUCAAAGAAAAUGCAUCAGUGUGCUCCUCUGAAGAGAAAGGUGGGCUUUUCCUGGCAGUCCCUGCCGAGCUGCUGGCUCUGGAGUGCCCUUUCCCCGAGCUGAAGGCCCUGGUGAUGGAGCAGUACCAGGAGCUGGCCAGCGGCUACCGGCAGCAGCUGCGGGAGGUGGAUGAGCAGCUGCAGGCUCUGUCCAGGAACAGUGACUGGAAGGAAGAAGAUCAGUGGGUUUUCCAGACUGUUAUCAAUCAGUACCCAAGUGAUCUUCAGAGGAGGAGAGCUUUGUACCUGGAUAUGCUGCAGAGGUAUCUUCCCCACAGAUCCAGGCAGGAGCUGGUUGUUCAGGAGAAGGCUUGGGAUCGUGUCCAUUCCAUCAGGAAGCAGCGCAGAGCCUUGCUGUUAGCCUGGGCUCAGCUUAGGAAAGCCUUUGUCCUCAGGGCACUGGCAACUGCUGCUGAGGCUGCUGCUGCUCACGAGGCAGAAGUGCUGCUGGCUGAUUCCAGGCAAAAGCAACUGGAGAUCUGUGCUGAUCUGAAAGCAAAGGUUCUACAGUGGAAAGCACAGCAGGAAGAAGCUGCUAAACUAGAAGCUGCUGUGGCUGCCAGAAGAAAAGAAAAGGAAGAUGAGAGAGAAAGGCUACAGAGAGAACAGGAAACCAUGCGUAGAGCUCAGGAUAAAGAGAAACUGAAAAAAUACUGGGCUGAGAAAGAGCUCAAGUGGCAAGAACAGGAGGAGAGAGAUCUACAACAUCUGGAGGAAUUGAGAAAAUUAAUGGCUGAACAAGCAGCCAAAGACAGAGAAAGGGUGCGGUUCCGCCGGGCCCUGCAGGAGCGGCGGCAGCAGCAGCAGCGGGAGCUGGCCCUGCGCCGGGAGCAGCAGCAGCAGCGCAGGGAGCAGCGCCUGGCAGCGCUGCGGCAGCAGGUCGCCGUUGUUGCCAGAGCAGACCCGGCAAGAGCAGUGGCGGACACGGUGGCGUCCAGAGCUCGGAUGGGCGUUGGGAGCAAGGAGGAGUUUGAGCUGCAGCAGCCCCUGUUCAGGCUGCACACCUUCAGUGAAGAGCAGGUCAUUUCUGACCCCAGGCUCCGCGUGGAACUCGCUCUCCGAGAAGCUGGGCUGCAUAAAACACUUUAUGCAAGAGAGGUUUUGUCAAAACUUCUACCACCGAAGCUUCCAAGGAGAGACAUGGAAUCUAGAGCUUUUAACAUGUAGAGCACCUCUCAUCUGAGGGGCAGAGGAGCAUCAGGGGUCUGGUCUGGUCCCCAAUAUGCAAAGCUUGAAUCAAUUCCCUUUGGUGUGUCCCAGAAGUGCUCAGUUCCCCGUGUGUGCAGCCAUUCUGAGCUGUGCAGUGCCGCUCUGCACCUGCCUGGUGCAGGGGAGCUGGCUGUGUGCUGCUGUCCUGGGGCUGCCCAUGGCCCUUUCCACUGGGAGCUGGCACACCUUGCUUAAGGACUCCUGCACACAGCACAGCCAAUCUGAUGUGCAGCACCUGGAGUAGCAAUUCUUGGGAAUUAAUUGGCAGCAGAAGUCCAAAAUAGCUUUGCACAGCAGUUACUUUAGAUUUUAUUAUGUUACA